UCUUCUCACCAGGCCACACACACACCACACUGGUGUUCUCGGUUCCCUGUUCCGUACUUGUCAUUACUAGCCGACAUCAGGGUCGGAGCUACUAGAAGACGCGACUCUACCUCAAGCUGAACGUCUAACAUCUCGAUAACCUUUUACUCGGUCUAGAUAACAUUCAGUCAGUGGACGAGAUAUGGUUUGAAAUGUGGAAUAACGGGCGCGGAAAGAACCACAAGUAAAUCCCAAAGGAAUCUGACUCAAAGAGCUAUCGUGACGCUUUUGUUGGUUGCUAGCUGCUACACUGGUAACGUGCCUGUUAUUACACACAACCCAGGGCUUGUGACGCCUCCGUCUUGCUAGCUAUAAACGCUUUGUUUUGAUCUUUAAGCGACUUAAAUGUCUACGGACGGCGUACACGUUUGAGUCGUGAUUGUUUAUCAGUAGAUAAGCAUGUGAUUUGCUCUUUUGACAGUUAUGCAUAGGAUACUGUUAGCUGUCAAGUUUCUCUCAAGGAUAAUAUAGUACAAAGCUAAUAGUAUGUUGUGAGUAAGAACUAGGAUGGUUCGAUAACACUUUUCAAUGAGAUGGUCUCGUAGUUGUUGGACGAGGUUCGUGGUGAAGAUGAGCUAGCUGGUGUUAAACAGUAAGUCUGGGCGAUGUCAGUGGGCUCCACAAGAAUUACUCUGUUUCAAAUUGAUGUAACAACUAGGCUGAGCAGGCUCUUUGACCAAACGUGAAACCAUAAGCGCUGGUUGGGCGAGCAGAUUCAUAACCAGACUGAUCAUCUUCAGUGAGCCUGACAUCGUAUACUUUCAGCACUCUCCUGCUGCAUCAGGGUUUGAAAGCUAGAAAUGAAACCAUCGAUAUAGUUGCAUGCCUACGCAAUGUUCGUCUAUUCACACACAUCUCAUUACCAAGUAGGAUAGUCAACAGCAUCCUCCUUUCCAAACUCGUGAAAACUUGAGUUACGUUAUCUUUGUGUCUGGUGGCAUGUUGUGGUUUAAGCUACGUAGGUAGUACAUUAGUUAUAAAGUGUCAACAACCUUAGAGUAGACGUCAAGUCAAGUAGGCCUACAGCUUUUGAGUUUUCUCAAACCAUGAAAAACUGUGAAUACCAACAAAUUGAUCCACGGGCACUGACCUCAGCGACGGCGACGCCAACAUCAACCCUACCGCUUGCCAACGACAAAAAUGCACAGAAGCAGAGAAGAAAGUGGGAAGUGUUCCCUGGGAGGAAUCGCUUCUUCUGUGAUGGACGGAUCAUUGUUUCCCGACAAAGCGGCGUUCUGCCACUGACCCUAGGCCUUAUACUCAUCACAAGUGGCCUCUUUUUUAUAUUCGACUGUCCUUUUCUGGUGGCCAACCUGACUGUGUGCAUCCCGGUCAUCGCUGGGGUGCUGUUUGUUUUCGUGGUCUUCUCUCUCCUGCACACCGCCUUUACUGACCCAGGCAUAUUGCCCAGAGCACUACCAGAUGAGGCUGCUGACAUUGAGAGGCAGAUAGACAACUCCGGCUCGUCCAGCUACCGGCCCCCUCCCCGCACCAAGGAGAUCCUGAUCAAUGAGCAGGUGGUCAAGCUGAAGUACUGCUUCACCUGCAAGAUGUUCCGGCCACCACGCACCUCGCACUGCAGCCUGUGCGACAACUGUGUGGAGCGGUUCGACCAUCACUGUCCGUGGGUUGGCAACUGCGUGGGCAAGCGGAACUAUCGUUUCUUCUACAGCUUCAUCGUUUCCCUCUCCUUCCUCACCUCCUUCAUAUUUGGCUGCGUCAUCACCCACCUCACGUUACGAGCCCAAGGAGGGAAUGGCAUCCUCAACGCUGUACAGCAGAGUCCUGCCAGUGUUGUGGAGCUGGUGGUGUGCUUCUUCUCCAUCUGGUCCAUUUUGGGACUGUCAGGCUUCCAUACUUACCUGGUAGCUUCGAACCUCACCACUAAUGAAGAUAUCAAAGGGUCGUGGUCCAGCAAGAGAGGGGCGGAGGACUACAAGAACCCCUACACUUACAACAACAUCUUCACCAACUGCUGUGUGGUGCUGUGUGGGCCCAUGCCCCCCAGCCUGAUAGACAGAAGAGGCUUGGUGCCGCCCGACGAGAUCCCUCAGGUCAUCUCGGUGGAGCAGGAGCUGCCUCCCUUCAUGGUCAAGAACGACACAAACAUGUGUACACAAGGCACCAAGGAGCUGCUGGAGACGGUGGCCCACUCGUCCAUCUUCCAGGGCCAGUGUUCGCCCGGCUCCCCCAAGACGGCCCCGCUCAGCUCCAGCCCCAGCCAGCAGGACACCAGCCUCCUGACCACCCCCUCCUCCAGCCCUCGUGGCACCGGCUCCUUUCCUCCUUUGCUACCCUCAUCCAUAUCCAGACCGUUGCCAGCAUCACCGCCACCGCUAUCCUCGCCCCGCUCGGGCGGCUGCUCCAUGGGCCGUUCCAUGACCGGGGUGACUCAACCGUGCACGGCGUCCGACCUCAGGAGCUCUCGCAGCGCAGUCUCGCUCUCCAUCUCGCCUGCAGCGUCGCCACCUAGUGGAUGCUCGAGGCGCUCCUCCACAAGCACCACCACCACCAUCACCAGGGACACCCAACCUGGCACCACACCCACCAGCCAGCGGGGGUCCCUCAGUGGGGAGCCUCAACCGUGUGCGACCCACUCCAUCCCUCACGGGGGCACCACCUCACGCACCCCCCCAGUCUCACGCUCGCGUUCCCAUUCGCACUCCUCCUCGCUCUCGCCCCCGACCGCCAGGUGUGCUGGGCGCGCCGGCCGCAGGGAGGCGCUGCCCUGUGCCACUGACGACAAGGGCUUCUCCAGCCGCUCGACCCUGCUCGCCUCGAACCCCUGCUGCCUGCUGGGCACCCCCGCCUACCUGCACCCCCACGGGGCGCUCAUCUUCAGCGACUCUGCUGAGCUCCACUUCCUGCCGCUGCCCUAGAGGCGGACACAGAACCGUGAACAGAAACAGUGUUUUGAAAUUCUAACAGCGGGAGGACAAAAGGGGUGUCAGACACUUGCCCUGUGUCCACCUCCUGAGCGGGCUGUUCCGCACACUCCAGACACGUUAUCCAAACUACUCUCUUGAGUAUCAAUGCAAAUGUUGCAUUAACGGUGGUAACUCACUACGGUACAAUGGGUGUAGUGGCAGAGCUGUCACCAGGACUGACAUAGCACAUGCGCCAUGUUGGCUUGCACACACACACAACACGCAAACACAUUCAACAUGUAGAAACUCGUGUGGAAGCACUCGAGUGUCUGUGGAAACAUGCACGGACUUAUGAACGUCUUAUAAACACUCUUCACUGUGUUUGUGGCCACCACGCCACCAAACCUCCACCAAAUCUCAAAUGCCCUGAUACCCUGUGUCCCCUCUGACACAAACUCUGGGCAUGGAAUACCUAAUUACUGCUGUUGCCAUUCUAAAACCCGGAGGGGGCAGUUUGUAUUUUCCCAGAUGACUGAACGUUGUGGGCGUGCUGUCACUCUGGACUGUGAACUGUGUCACUGGGUCACCUCUGAUUUAAAAAAACAAAGCAAAAACAAACCUCCAGCUCGGAAGUCUGUCUGUGUCCCAACUAUGCCACCCCACUGCAGCCUCACUGAAAGCCAUCGUUGAUUAACUGUAGUUUCGGAUAAACAUCGCCCUGACUGCACACACACACACACACACACACACACACACACACACACACACACACACACACACACACACACACACACACAAAACCACUGGCACAGAGAACAAACAACAGAUUAUAGCUUCAUUGUUUGGCAUAAUUGUGUGCACGAUGCGGUUGUCUUUCUUUAAUAGUUUUUAUGAUUAUUGCUGUUUUUAUUUUAUUUUUAUUUUUUUUCAACUCAGGAUCCUCUUGAGAGAGAUGCCAUAUACCCUUAAAUCCCCUGUCCCAGAAUGCUUAGUAAGAAACGUAGUGAUGGUGAGACGUUUAUUCCCACACAUUCAACCCAGCUAUACACUAAAGCACAACAUGAGCUUGAGAUAUGCACUUUUUUAUCCUCUGCUCCCCCUGCCCAAACAUAGCUCACCCACACACACAUUGAUCAACUUUCGACCAAGUAGUUUCAUACCACACGUGUUGGAAGCGACCUGGAAGAGUAAGACAGCACCUCCAAACUUUCAGUUAGUGCAUUUGUAUACGUAUAUAGCCCAUGGAGUAAAUACAGUGGUGCUUUUUCAUCCAGUUACAGGAUGACGAGCCUCGGAAUCGUCUUUGAAUAUGUUUCUUUAUACUGUAUUAUAGGAAAACUAUUUAGUGUUGCUUUAAACCACAGAGUCACAGGCCUGUAGUUUGCAGGCUGCAUGGAUGGACCUGAAUACCCUUGGUGGCCUCUGCCUCAAGUUAUGUUUACCUGCUCAGAUGCUCAGGUACUAGGAAAGACGUGAUGUUCACAUCAGCGUUAACAUUUGACUUACACUGGGGGCACACCAGCUGCGUCAUCUUACGUGAAGUUAAAUUACGGUAGGCCAAAGUCUGAAAAAACAUUGAAAAGAUUGGGUUGGUGCAGCCAGUUUCGUUGAUUAUAAUGGAAGCUAACUGUUAAAAACAAAAGUGGAGGCGAUGUGUCCCAGUGUGCUAUCAUUACGUUGGGGACCAGGGUUUGAUUCUGGUUCGAGGUCGUUUCUCGAUCUUUCCUUAUCUCUCUCUCCCCACUCAUUUCCUGUCUGACGACAAGCCUGAAUCUCCAAAGUGGCAUUCCACCAUUUCUGGAAAUGUGCCCAUCUCCCAUCUUCCCUUGAGACAGCCUGCUAACGUGCUAGUUAGGAACCAGGAAUCAUUUCACUAGACAGAGAAGUACAGAAGAAAGGAUAAAUUAAAGUAUUGAACUGGAGGGGAGAAAUGGUGGAAUGAAUCUUCAACAGAAAAGUGCAGCAGGGGACAAAUUGAGAGUCGACCACUCGCACGGUUUCUGAUUCUAUGUCGCUUCUUUGUUGUUUCUCUUUUUUUUCUCCUUAUCUAUCUUCCUUUUUCUUUCUAUCUUCCAUUCCUCUCUUUUGUUACUGUUCAUUUGCUCCAUGUCUCCUUAGAUCAGGUUGAUUUGAGGCUUCACUGCUUAUGUGUUGUCAGGUCUCAUCCCUGGGCUUGUGGGUCCUUUAAAAAACUGAUCAGGUUACCGUAUAAGCCCAUUGAUUGUGAUUUUGGGCAACUAAUAAUUCUGUUGAUGCGUUUGAGUAGGAGACUUUUCUUGGUCAGGGAUGUACAGUAUUAGGUUUUCUGCUGGAUGACAGGAUGGCUGUUUUGACCUUUUUUUAAUGUUUAAUUUCUCUUCUUUGUAUUUGUUCAAUAAAUGAUGACCACCAAUUUUGGACUAGUGUGACAGCAAAAACAUUUUUGUUGUUGUUUUCGCUUUUUUGUUGUUUUUUCUUACAUAUAAUGGUUGUCUGAUUGAUGCUAUUGCCCAAUGUGAGUUAAGAUGUGGGAAAUAUGAUGUAGUAAACGAAACAUGGAAAGAACAUGAAAUAUAUUAAAAGUCUGCUCAAAAGAUUGUAAAGUAGACUUAAAACUGGAAUGUUGGCCUUUCUACGUAUUGUAAUGCUAAUACUGAUGAUGAUGAUGGUGAUUAAUAUAUGAUAAUGAUGAUGUUUUUUUUAACUGUUGUUGAUGGAGUAUGAACAGUUUACUUCAGCCGAGCGCAGACCACCACAGUAGCUAGCACUGUCAGUCCACACCGUCUGUGUCACACACAACCCAGCCAACCCCAUCACACAUACCCCCCCCCACACACACACACACGCACGUCCACCCACACACACCCAUGAACUGUUCUCCUAGCCCCCUCUCUGUGUCACACACAGCAUUAGUACGUCACCACCCCCCACUCCAGUCCCAGUUUCUGUCAUCAGAUCGACUCGCUGGAGAAGCAACAGACUUUCCACUGCCAACAUGUAUUUGCUGCCUAGUUUUCAUGGGUCAGUGAAUAAAUUUCAACAAACAAAGUGUGGUCAGCUCUCUCGCCUAUUUAUUUGUUUGUCUGUUUU